AUGGACGCUCACACCCUCAACGCAUGGACUCGUUUCGCCCUUCAGAAGGGUGGCAUCGGCUCGUGCACAGCUCUCAUCGACAACCCUGCAACCGAGCCAGAGGACCUCAUGUUCAUGGCUGGCGAAAAGAUCAUUGUCCUCCGCCGGCUCGACGACGACUCGCUCGAUGCCGAUCGCCGUCCCACAAGCAGCACCAGCGCAGCCCUCAACAAGCGCAAAAGCGAGACACUCCCAGACUCGGAAGCCUGGUUCCUCGGUUACUGCGAAGGCGUCGUCGGUCGUUUCAAAGGAGCACACGUUCAGUUCCACGCCCGCCUCAAGAAGCCAGUCCUGAUGCGACGCAGCGGCGCAGGCGGCAUCCGCGACUCGAGCAUGCGGCCCAUGUCCAAGAGCGAGGCAGCCAAGAUGCAUCUCUCCCAGGUGCCCGCUGGCAUCCCAUUCACAGCCGUCAACUCGGAUGGCGAGGAGGACCCCUCCAUCACCUCGCCCUUGGAUCGACGCACGCACGCGCUUCCUCUGCCCACUAACCCCUCAGCCGGUCCCUCGACUUCAUCUGCUUCCGCCCGCCAACCGCCCUCGUCGUCAUCGGCAGCAGCAGCAGCACCGGCUUUCAAAACGGGUAGGUUCGGUCUCACCACACCGCCCCUCUCCGAUGAAGGCCAUCUCCGCAAGCAGUCCAUCCCGCGCAGACCCGUCGAGGACAACGAUGAAGAUUCAGACGACUCGACCUCCCUUCUUCCCUGGGCCAGACACAGCCGGCAAAGCAGCGUCGCCUCCAAUUCCAGUCCCGCUCCCAAACCCACAUCGCUUCCCACUCGCAACGGUUCACUCAUGCGCCCCGCCCCGCCCACACGCACUUCAUCUGCUUUCACGCACGACUACGCUGCCGAGGCGCAAGCAUCGCAAGCCCAUACGCUGCCUACCAUCCACCAUCUGCCACCGUCGCCCAUCUCAUCGAGCGAAUCACCAGUACAUGCCGAGGCCAGAAGCGCGCUUCCUUCCAUAACAACCACGGCCAGCUCUCGAUCCAAUUCGCGUUCCGCCGACACCUCGGUCACGACCACCGUCGCAGGCACCAGCACCGCUGCCGAUCUCACUUCGCGCACAUCGUGCACCUCGUCCAACAGCACCACCUCGACCAACGACGACUCGGACGACGAGCAGGGCGCCGAGAAUCGCCGCAGGGACUACACUUUCUCCAUCUACGACGUCUAUGGUCGCGACUCGGUGGCCUUCCCCAACUUUGACUUUCGUCAAUACGGCAGCAAGUCUUCGCUCGCCAAGCUGGCUGCGUCCAAGUCGUCCGAAUCGCUCAACGUUCCUAGCCAAGGCUCGUCGGGUGCUACUGACGACAGGCUUCAGCUGACGCCAACCCCUCAGCAGCCUUCAUCGGCAGCAUCGCAGCAGCAGCAUACACAGCAGACGACCGCGCAUAUGACCUCCGGUGACUUCCCGCGCCGACCUGGUCAGCUCAACGUACCUGCUGCCGGCGAUGCUUCCAUCCCGCUCGCUCUGCGAUCGCCCUCAGGUCGACGUCCGAGCGCCGCACCAGAUCCGAGAUCGGCAGCCAGCGGUGGUGCGCGAGGUCCGCCCAACAUGGCGUCGAGCUUGCGUCGUCAAGUCGAAGUGCCGACGCCGCCUGUCGCUAGUGCGACCUCCGCGUCUGUAUCUCCCCUUGACGCUGCAGGGGCUGCGCUAGUCGCCCACCCAGCUGCAGGAUCGAUGCAGACCCUGCGCGGACCAGGUGCAUUUGAUCCGCGCCGACGUCCCUCGCAGGCCAGCGCUGGACAAGCCGCUCGGAUGAAGCCCGGCACUCUACCUCCCAUCUAUACGGGAAGCUCAGGCGCAUCGACACCGUCGGUAGCAUCUGGCUCCGGCUCUGGAUCGUCGCCUCCCGGAUCUGCCAGCACGCCCGGCAGCCAAGAUACUGGCUUCAUGCAUCGACCAGGUUUUGCAGAGGCACGUCAUCGACACCGCUCCAUGUCGGUGGGCACGCAGGACAAGCUCGACGAUCGCGCCAAGAAUGCGGCCGCGACCACAUCCACUGCCGUGCCCCCGCCGCCUCAGAUCUACGAACCCGACUCUGCAAGCGCCGCGCGGCCCAGCUUCCGCACCUCGGCCGGCUCUGCACGCUCGCGCAACGGUCAAGCGACGUCGCCUGGACUUGGACCCGUGCGAGCCUCGUCGGAUCGACUGUCGGAGCGCGAGAGGGUGCACUCUGGCCAGGGGUCUGGCCUGCUGCGCAAGAACCCAUCCAACCCUACGCCUGGUCUGCACGGCGGCGGCGGUCUGCACGGGUUUGCACCCAUGGCGAGGAGCACGAGUCCGAUGAGCCAGCUUAGCGCGCCUUCGCCCAUUAUCGACUCGGAUCGACGUGGAAGUGGCGCGAGUGGCGCUAGCACCAAUGCAUACUCUACGGGCCCUCGAAGCCCGCCGAUCCGCAGCCCACUCGGGUUGACGAUGCCACCGGCGCCAGCGUCGGCUCCAGCGACUCCCGGCAGCGCCCGUCGACUCCCGCCCUCGAACGGUCUCUACCACUUUCCUCCCUCGCCCGGUUCGAUCAACAGCCCUGGCGGUGCAGGCCACCAAGGGUUUGACGCGAUGGGCUUUAUCAUUGAGCCUGGCGUUGCACCGUCGCUGCCGCCGUCGGACGAUCCCGAGCUGCGCGAAAAGUGGGCGGCAGUGCUCUCUGAAAACGACGUGAUGGCUGCAAAGAAGAGCCGAAAGGUCAAGAAGCUGGUGCGAACUGGCGUGCCCGCUUCGUUGCGACGCGAGGUGUGGCUAUUCCUGGCCAACGCAUCGGUUCGUCGCCGACCUGGCCUGUUUGAGCAACUGUGCAAGACGUCGCAAGGCAACCGGGGCAAGCGCGGAAAGGAGGAGGCGUACGAGACGAUCGAAAAGGAUCUGCACCGCACCCUGCCGGACCACCGGCUGUUUAUGGGCGAGACGGCGACGGGCCGCGCAGAUCUGGAAGGGAUCCUAAAAUCGUACGUCCACUUCAACCCCAUGCUGGGAUACACGCAGGGGAUGGGACUGUUGGCUGGAUUUGCGCUUAUCCAGAUGCCGGCCGAAGAUGCGUUCUGGCUGCUCUGCGCGGUGCUCCGAAACCCGCAGAUGGAAGAGUACUACUCUACGGGAAUGAAGCAGCUGCACGUCGACAGUGUCGUGUUUGAUAAUCUGCUCAAGACGAUGGACCCGGAGCUGCACGCACGGUUCGAGGACGCAGGAUUGCAGUCGAUCAUGUUUACGCCCAACUGGUUCCUGCCGCUGUUCACGCGCGUCUUGCCGUGGACGACGCUGCUGCGUGUCUGGGACGUGUUCUUCUACGAAGGUCCGACGUGGAUGCUUCGCGUGGCGCUGGCGAUCGUGCGCAUCCUUCGCGAGCAGCUGAUGAACCGUCAGACGUGUCCGACGGCGGGCGAGAUGCUCCAGCUGCUGCUGCAUCCGCCUCCGCACAACCUCACGGUGGACAACGUGCUGAACUGCGCCUUUUCGGUCAAGCUCAAGGACGGCGAGAUGCGCAAGCUCAGCAGGACGGCGAGCAAGCUGGUGCGUGAGAAGAACUUUUUGAACCAGCCGGCGGAUGCGAGGGGAAGAGCGUCGAGCAGGAGAACCGCUAGGCCAACGCGCAGCACGAGUGCUCCAGCUAGGAGAUGA